AUGUACACACUGGAGGAGGGCAACGGCAACAGCGGGAGGAAGCAGAAGACUGUGGGCGACGGCACUUCGAUGCCUCUUGCCUUCUCCCUCUUGGCACCGCUGUGCUGUGUGCGCCCAAUGUGGGAAAGGGGGAGGUGCUGCAUCGGUUGCAACAUCACCGCCUGCUUUCCGUUACGUGACUGUCACCGCCAGCAGCAGCAGCAGCUUGAAGGAAUAUCGAGUGAGGUGCAGACGAGAAGAAUACACAGUUUCUCUUUUCUCCCUUGUGUAGCACUCGCAUCGCCGCCGGGUUGCGGCCCCACACACCUACGCAUGGCAAAAGUGCAUGUGACCCUCUCCUCUGUAUGUGCCGCUCUUGUUUUUUUUUUUGUCCUCGCGCUUCGGCUUCCGCUUCUCGGGCAAUCCGCGGCCAGGGAAACAACGCAAAGGAAGGUAUACUGCAAAGGUCCCAUUGGGACGUACGUUUUCAACAACAAGCAAGGAGUAACAGCGAAGCCAGCCAGCACCGAGUAA